AUGCUUCAAUGUGUGUUAUUUUAUCCAUAUCCUAACAUUUCACAUCCAACUCUUUUUAGUACAGUUCGUGGCAAUAUAAUUGUCUUAAAUAAACGAAUUCAAUGUAUGGAACAAGAUGAGUUUAUCUAUCAGGAAAUGUUUGCAUUUCUUCCUUUGUUUGGUCAUCCAAAUCCAAAACAAGUUCGUUGCACAAUAUUUGGCUUCCCAUUCAAUAUUAUCUUUUUGAUUUAUCCUCUGGUUGUAAUAAUUGGUAGAGGUGAUAGUUGUGUUCUUCGGGAAAUUGAUUAG